AGUUUAGACACCACAUGGAAUGAACAGAGACCUAUAGACCACAACUGCAAUUAUGCAUGAUUUCAUUCAGGAUGCAGAGUCUUGGACAGCUGAGUGAUACGGAAACGUGUGAGAACUGCGUUGCAGUCGAACGGGCUUACACGCUUGGAGGAACGAUUGACCCAAAUGUAUUCAUCGUUCAUGCUAAAGAAUGGGUGAUAAAAGGGAGGAGGUGUGAGGAAAAGCGAGAUACUUUAAAUCAAAUUCUCACCAGAGCGUCUGCACUAAGAAACACUAAUGGUGGAUCAAUACUUGUACAUCUAAAGGGACAACAACCAAACGAUAGAUGUUUGGAAAGAUUUGAUGAGUUCAUCAGCAGUCCCCUUAAUGACUUGUUAUCUGAUGGUACACUGUACAUUAAUGCCUUCGCACGUGAAUGGCUGAGCGUGAAAACAGAAUUUCAAAGUUACAGUGAUUUUGUGGUCAUCUCAGUGAACCAGGACCAUAAACAAUUAGCAACUAUUUCAUUCAAUACAAAAAUAAGAUUUGACUUUGCAAACUUGGAUCCAUCAAUUCUGAACAUUUUAUCAAUUUUGACAAACAAGCAAAACAACAUUGUGACUGAGCCAGAAGUGCGAGGUUUACCCACUGAAAUAGAACUACAUGAAUGUAGAAACAGAGAGUUCAAAUCAUUUUAUCCAGCUAAUUAUUUACCUAGAAUCCAACAGGGCAAUUUUGAUUUACUUAAAUACAUUUGGAAGGACCUGAAGUUAAGAGACAAUAUCACCUCCCUGUCUAAAGUGCCCAACGGAGGAUCUUAUUAUGUUGGAAUAUCUGAAAAAACUGAUGAAAGUACAAAGUCGAAAGUUGCAGUGAUAUCUGGAUUUCAGUUGGAGGCGAUUCCAGAAGACAGGACAAACAGAGUAAUACAAAUAAGGGAUGCUCUAUACAAAAUCCAAAUCAACCAACAAGCUUUUGAGACGGCAAUUAAGGAAAAGCUUUCUUCAGAAUUGUCAGUCCUUGACCUAAAGGGUAAAAUUGACCAACCACCAAAUAAUCUCAUCAGGACAACUUUCCACGAGGUUCCACAAAGUUCACUAUAUGUUUUGGAAAUAUCUAUUCGGUACUUUGAUGGAAUUGUGUUCUUUGAUUCUGGGCCCAGGUUGUAUCAAGUAGGCAUUGACAACAGUACAUGUACGCGAAUAGGCACUGACCAGUGGCUAGAGAAACUACGUUCACAAUGCUUAAUUUGUCAAAGAAAGAAUUAACGAUCUCACUGAAACAUAAGUUGGAGGUCACCAGCACAAUGUCAACGACUGGAGACGAGAGCGAUGUUUCAAGUACCUUUCACUCAGAAGACGAAGAAGUGCAGUGUAUUUUGGCAAAGACCGAUAACUACUCUUCAACGGAUGACGAUGAAGAUACCUCAGCUGUCAAAGGAACCACAGAACAAUUUUCGAAAUUACCACCACCCUCCCUGACAAGAGAAGAACGUCAAGAUGUCAUCUCGUUUGUCCGUCGUAAGGCUGAGAUCUUCAUAUUUCCACGUGAAGCAAGGCAUAUUUUGCAUGACUCUUAUAACGACGUGUACAAAAGGAUUCUACUUCUCGGUGGCCAAAAUGCAAGCCAUGUAUUUGUUUGCAGGACAAUGUCUGUGUUACUUGAUAUAAGCUGCUCGAAGUCAGUACCAAGAAAUGUCAUGUGUGACAUUUGCGUUUUCUAUCCAUCAAAACCGGUCAUGGUGCUUACCUUCACAACACAAGCUACACAUGCUGCUUCCCAAUACAACUCAAAUGUAGCAAAAGCUGUCAUGGUUUACAUCAACAAUGAUUUGUUCGAAAAUCUAACAGUCAUAAAUGGUGUAAUUGACAUGAGCAUGGACCAAAGUUUUUUGAGCAGGAUCUCAGAAUUAGAAACAUCUGCUAAAGACUUUGCUAUUCCAAACAAUAUGAAGAUGGAUGAAAAGACAGCUUUACGUGUUCUUACUUCAUUUCUGAACAUCAUCCCGAAAUCUGACAGGUAA